AUGUAUGCCCAAUUACGUCUAACUGAUCAUGAACAGUCGGUGAUCACCCUUGAAGAUGUAGUUGAUGAUGAAGCAGAAGACAAAGCCAAUAUGAGCCUUGUAGGGAAACUUUUCACAAGAAAACCCUAUAAUCUGAUUCAUAUGAAGAAUGCGUUGGUUAGUGCAUGGCGGCUGGCGAAGGGUUUUAACCUUAAGGAUAUUGGAGAUAACUUGUUUGUGUGUGAGUUUUACUCUAAAUCGGAUAGGAGUAGAAUUUUACGGGAGGGUCCAUGGCACUUUGAUAAGCAAUUGAUUCUAUUCGAACCAUUGAGUGGAAAUAUGCAACCUAACAAUAUCUUGAUGUCUACCUGCCCUGUGUGGGUUCGUAUAUACGACUUACCCAUGAACUGUAGAGGACAAGCUGCUAUAACGAAGAUUGGUGCGAAGGUAGGAAGGGUAUUGGAAUGGGAUGAUAACGGCGGUGGAGGAUGGUGUCGUUUUGGGAGGGUUCGAGUUGCUAUUGAUGUAACUAAACCCCUCACCAGAGGUUCUAAAAUUGUCAACUCCCUUGGCGAACAAUGCUGGAUUUCAUUCAAAUACGAAAGAAUCCAUAAUUUUUGUUAUUGGUGUGGAAUGCUCGAUCAUAUGGUGGCAGAUUGCGAACUCAAACCAGACGAGGUGGACGUUUCAGAUUGGCCUUAUGGUCCUUUUCUCCGAGCUACCCCCCGUAAGCGUAGUAUGAUGGGCCAGAGAUCUUAUAUAAAUGAGAACCAUAAGGAUAUGAGUGGACUGGAUGGAACAUCGCCCCCUUCAGUGAUACCUGAGCAGAUGACGCCGGUGAGACGGGUCCUAAACAUGACUGAAGUGCGGAGAGAAGUGGCUGACAAAGUAUUACCAAAUCUGCAGCAGCAGAAUGGCUGUUUGAACCAGGGUGGUGUUAACGCAAGUCAUAUUCUAAACACAGGUGAAGGAGCAAGUUUAGAUACUGAUGGCUUUAUUGACAUAACAGUUGUUCAAGUCCAGAGUUCAAACCAUAUUGCUUCGGUCUCUGGAUCAAAGACCACUGUGAAUGGAGGAGGGAAAAAGGGUGGAACGACUGGAAAAAGGGCUACCUGGAACCGGAAUAAGAGCCUGCGUAGUGAGGGAACAACAUGUAAUGAAGAGCUGCAACUUGUGGGUGCUACAAAAAGAACUCGGGCAAUGUUACAGAAUACAUCAGAUUCAGAUAAUCUUUUCUCUAAGAAACUGCGAGAUGGGCUAUCUAAUCAAUUCGAAAAUAUUGAGAUAUCGGCGGAGACUGCGGGACAGUCUCGUCGGAUGCAAUGA